AUGGCUGAACAGGUCUACAACCCCGACCAUACCAUGACUGCUGCUGAAGAGGAGACCCUCGUUGCCUCCGGGGAAGACCUUGCUGUGGACGACCUGCCCGAAGGCAUGUUUCACCACCUCGCGGACCCUGUUGACCUCCCUGCUGCAAAGAAACCGUGCACGGCUUCUAACGCCAGCCCCGCCCCCAAUUCCUCCCCCUCCACCUCCUCCGGUGCGGGCCCGGCGCUCCCUGCACACGCUCCCGCGUCCCUCGCUAUCGCUGCCCUCACUGCGCCCUCGCUUGGCCUGGCACCGUCGCAGGCCGCAACUGCACCAUCUCCCAACUGCCAGGCAGCUCGCGCAACCGCCUACGCGUCCGUCGCCUCAGGUUCCAACCUGGCGCCGGCGCUGCCUGCAUCGCUCUUCGCCUCGCCCACUCCGGGCGGCGCCCCCCGCAAUCUGCGGCGCGCGCGUACGGAUGCUGCUGCCCCGAUGCUCUUCCCCCUGCGUCGCCGCGCGGUAGUUAAUGUUCUCCUCCAGGAAGCUGGGCUGGAGUCUCACCGCUCUGAAAUCUUCGCAGGCAUUAAUUCGCAGCUUUGUGGCUUCAUGUUCACAUCCGGCAUUGUCCCUUCCUUCGAGCAGACCAUUGGAGACCCCUACCGUGUGGCACGCCGUGUCUAUGGCCGCCUGCUCUUCUCAUGGCCGUCGCAGGAAGAUGCGGCGGCCUUUCGCAAGCUGUUUCCACUCACCCUCAAAGUCUCCAACUCCCGCCCCCUGCUGCUUAAGGUGUUUGAGGACAGGUUUGCAGCCUUCACUGCUGCCAAGGCUGCCGGCGCAACCACCCUGUCUAUUCGGAACGUCCCUCUGGAUUUCGAUCCAGAGGAUAUCAGCGCGUAUCUCCUCGGCUCCACCGAUUCUGAUGGCGCGCACUGGCUGGCGGAUCUGACGGAUUUCCACCGUGCUUCGGACCCCUACGAGGACAUGUACUUCAUGCACCUCGCUGGGCUCCCAAUCGCCACCCCCGACGACCCGAAUUUCGAGCGCAUCCCUUCCGAAAUCCCACUGGAGGAGAACAAGCCUCCCAUGGUACUCAACUUCUCCAGCCACGCGUGCGCGCUGUGCGCCAACAAUCAUCGCGCGUCCGACCACGAGGCGUUCGCAGCCCGCCGGCGGCAGCGCCUCACAAACCGGAAUGUGAUCUCAGUCGCGCAGCUUCAAAAGACUAAUGGUACACUCCUCGAGAAUCUCUCCCAGCGAUGCUACCCUCCUUUCCCCCUGCCUUACCACUCUGGUCCCCUCAUGCUCCCCCUUCUGCCCUCCAUCUUGACACCUUCCCCACCCUGGUCCACUUCCUCCCUGCUCCUCCAAAGCUACAUCUUUUACUCACCCUGCUCUAUCCCUUUGUUGUCUCAUUCCCCUCUGCCAUCCCAGCUAUGCUACAUCCUUUUUCCCCUUCCUUACUGCCCUGUUUCCCUCGUGCUCCUCCUUCCGCUCUCCAUUUCGACAUCUCCCCCCUCCCGGUACAAUACCUCCUCGCUCUCCCAGAGCCACUGUUAUCACCCUCGCUGCUCUGCCCCAUUGGUGCCUCAUCCCCAUCUGCCCCCCCAGCUAUGCUACCUCACCUUCCCCUUGCCUCACCGCCCCGAUCCCCUCGUGCUGCCCCCUCUGUUAGUCAUUUUGACAUCUCCCCCCCCUGCUGCACCACCCCCCCGCUCUUCCAGAGCUACAGCCCUCACCCAUUUUGCUUUGUCCCAUUGUCGCCUCAUCCCCUAUGUCCCCUCUGCUAUGCUACCUCACCUUCCCCUUGCCUUACCGCUCUGGCCCCCUCGUGCUCCCCCUUCUGCUAUCCAUUUUGACACCCCUUCCCCCCUGGCACAUUAUCUUCCCGCUUCUCCAGAGCUACAGCCCUCACCCACGCUGCUCUGUCUCAUCUCUACCUCAUCCCCCUCUGCCCUCCCAGCUAUGCUACUUCACCAUCUCCCCGCCUUACCUCUCUGGUCCCCUCGUGCUCCCCCUUCCGCUAUCCACUUUGACAUCUCCCCCCCCUUGCUACACUACCCCCCCGCUCUUCCAGCAGUACAGUUCUCACCCACGCUGCUCUGCCCCUUUGCUGCCACCCCUCCCUCCUCUGACCACCCAGCUGCCGGGCCGCCACGAUCACCGAUGCCCGAUUCCCCCCCAUCACUCUACCCCUGCCUCCCCUCCGCCCCGCAGCCAACGCGCUCCCAUGGAAUCCCCCCCCCGCAACCCCAUUUCUACCCCCCCCUAUGCCCACCGUCUCAUCCCCCCCUGCCCCCCCCAGCGGUCGGACCCCUGCACUCCCACAAGCUUACCCCAACCCCUCACCCUCCCCGCCCUUGCCUCUCUCUACAGCCCACUCACAGCCCCUCCCCCCCCCCCACCUCAUCCAGUCCAACCCCACCCCUUGGGGCUCACCCCCCCUUCUCUCGCCCGAAUUCUGCCCCUCCUCGCCGCACAGCACUCACCUUUCCCUUCUUUCUCCCCACCCUCGCCCCUCCCCGCCAACAGCCCCCCUAUGAAACCCUCCUCUGUCUGCUCCCCCUCCCCCCGACUGCACUCUCCUCAACCCCCUCCCCCUCAGCCCUCAGCUAUUCCCGCCCCCCUUGUGGCAAAAUCCUUGGAAACCACGCCGCGCCUACCACCUUGAGCAACGAUCCUGGCCUUAUCUACAUCGGGCUCGACGAAAAGGUCGAGCCCUGGACAUGUGCGCUCUGCGAUUUCACCUGUGGCGCUGCCCUCGACAGCGCCAUGCUCCACAUUCAGUCCGAGCUGCAUGCCUCGCGCGUGAAGGCUACGGCCCACCUCCCGGCAGCCAAGGAGGCCUAUGGCCCCUGGCGCGCUCUCACUCUGCAGCAGAAGCCUUCGGUGGCUGCCUUCCUCCGUGGCUGA